AUGUGUUUGUCGCCAUCCCGUAACUCCCGGUUCAACGUCGAUGCGGAUAAAGCGACGUUUUCGAAAGCGUGCAAGAUUUCGUCAUUGAAUCCCAUGCAAUGGAAGAAUAUUGAUUAUGACUUGGAAGAUUUUAUAGCUGGCGCGCUGUUAUCUUCUAAUAAUCAAACGGAAGGUGACCCGUUAGGCAUUGGUUCUGAUGUCAGUUUGAAAGAAACGGAGUCAACCUUUCUGACCCUUGUACACUCCAACGCAACAUAUCAGGAUCUUGCAUCCGGUAUAUCCCAUCUCCAAUGCUCUAUAAAUGCCCGUUUGAAGGCCAUUCGUAUCCGGGUUGAAGAUAACUUGGAUCGUUUUGUGCUCGUGAAGGCGAGUACGGAUGGCCUACUGAAAUCUUCAACAGAAUACACAUCGAAACCGUUACGGGACGAGUUGAAGCUGAAGGCUAAUCAAAUCUUUGUUCCGGAUCGGUACGAAGUUGCGAUGCGUGAUUACAAAAAAUGCAAGCUUCUUCUUGACAUUUGUCUGGGUCAGCUUUUUCCUAUCAGUGCAUCGAAAGAUAGAGAGAAAGACGAUCAAGGAGGCGGAGCAUGGGACAGGGUGUGGGUGAACGUUGAGAAAGCCAUGGGCGAAAUAGACCCUGGAAGGAGUGUAGAAGAACAGGAGAAAACCCUUACGCUACUAAUUGAACUGCCAUUAACGGAGGAUCCUGCAUGGACAUACUUGGAUAGUCAGUACAAACACAUUCUAGAGCAGAUGAACAAAACAUUCAGAAUAUCUACUGCUGCUGUGACUGCCGCGUUCGAGAAUAGCGUUUUCGACAAUGUUGGCGAUUUAUUGACAGACUCUUUAGUCAUUCAGUUGCGGCAAAGCAAUUCCACGUUAGAAGCCAAACAGCCAGAUGCAGUCACCGCGAAGUUGGUCGGCGAACUUGUUUGGCAAGCUGUCCUGGAUCUUGUGAAAAAUGUAGGCGAGGAGAUGAUGGAGAGCUUGCCUAACUUUUGGAAGAUAUCGAACGGAUUCAUAGAUGGAAAGUUUAAGAAAGCAUCGACCUCAUCAUCAUCAUCAAGUAGUCGCCGCAGUCCCUCCCAAUGCCGCACUCUGGCUUUAGAUAUCGUCAAGUUGUACAUCUCCUUCCUAUCCCAAUUUUUCAAUCUUUCCGAUAUGGCUGUAACGUCUUCCCCGGGUAUUCCCUCCAGUAAUGAUGUCAUUUCAACAUUGUUACCCUCAAACUCAAUAUCGUUUUCGACCGUGCAUUAUCUUCUGAAAAUAUUUGGCGAAAUUCAGGAUUGUGUUAAUGAACUCAAUGCGAUGGAGAUUUCCGGUGAUGUCUCCGCAAGCCUGAAGGGGUUGUUGGAUAGUACGAAGUGGAGGUUUGAAGAUGUGUUAAUUGUUGCUUGGCUGAGAGACGCCAGCGACUUUCAUCAUCUUGAAGCAUGGGCCGGGUUUCUAAAUUCUAUUCUCGCAGCGUUCGUGUCGAUUGUCAAGACAUUCAUGGUCGUACUGUAUACUUUCUUAGAGGGUCUUGUGAAGCUCAUGGAAGAUGAAAGAGAAGGGGGAGUAAAUGUUAAAGGAGUACAUCCUGUUACAAUUGACAGUCGUUUGUUGCUGGUGCUUUCGAACCUUAACUAUAUCUCCAAGUUAGUUUUCCCCAGUAUGAUCACACAGUUGGAAAAUGCUUUCGGAGUUACAAUCACAGAGGAGAGACAGCCUCGCGCUGCUGUGGUCACGGAUCUUGUACGUGGAGGAGUCCUCGAUGAGAGCAUGGAUUGGUAUGAGACUCUUCAACCGAAAGAAAUACGCCUGUACAUGUAUGAGACUCUAAUGUACCUCGUGGGGUGUGGCGGAAGUCGUGCUGGAAAUUACCUAGCGGAAGCGUUAGCAGAAGAGGCAUUGAAAUCGACUCUCGAAAUCGAAUUCAUGCACCAAUCAUUGGGCAAAUAUGUCACACUUAGAGCCGCGAAAACACUAUCGGAUUUAUACAACAAAAUUUCUCAGGCGUAUGCGCGUCGGCCGGGGGAUGAGAAUCUACAGAACCGUUUGGAUGGGGUGGAAAAGAUUCUUACAGAUACGAAACGAGCAACGGAAAUUGAGUUCCUAUGCUUUAGGCAGCCAAAGACCGCGAGCGCAAAGACAACAGGGGGAGAAGGAAAGUCGAGAAACAGGGAAGCCAAGCCAUCAAGAUGUUGGCAGCAUGAGCGUUGA